UACGUCUAUCUGAUCUAAAUUAUCCCUUGAAACCAUUCUAAUCCAUCAUCUGAAGAAAAGAUUCGCUGAAAUUCACCAAUAGAUCGAUUACAAUGGCUGUCCAAGUGUUUACGCGUGAAAAUAAACUGAAACAACUCAGAUAUGAGCAGUUGUAUCUGAAAACCAAAACGUCUGAUCUGAACUUUGUUUGCGGUGGCGAUCGAUCGACAAAUAUCCCCGGUCAUAAAUUUUUACUCUCAGUUGCGAGUCCAGUAUUUGAGGCUAUGUUCUACGGUUCCACUAAACCAUCGAACGACAUCCCGAUUGAUGGCAUAUCUACCGAGGCUUUUAAAGAAUUCCUGCAAUUGUUUUACCUCAACAAAGUGCAGCUAACAUCGCUGAAUAUCAUCGAAGUGGUGCAAUUAUGCAAGAAAUACGAAGUGGCUGAUGGUUUAAGCGUUUGUGAGUCUCCAUUGGUAGCAUAUUUAAUUACGAAUCUCGAUGACAUGUGCUUAAACUAUGGUAAGGCUCUUAAUCUGAACGUACCGAGUGCGAUUCGCAAUUGUGGCCUGAAAAUCGGUGAAAAUGCAUUCGAAGUGUUGAAGUCAAGCAGUUUCUUGAAAUGCGAUCGAAAGCUGUUGGACAAAAUUUUGGAAAUAGUGGCAUCAAAAUGUAGCCCAUCUGUGAUUGUCGAGUCAUGUAUGGCUUGGGCAAAAGCUGAAUGUGUACGGCAACAAUUAGACAUUACAACGGUCAAUUUAAAAGCUCAACUCAAGAAUUCAUUGAAUCGAAUUCCAUUUGAUAAACUCAGCACCGAACAGUUUUCACAGCACAUCAACACGUACAAGCGCUUUUUCGUCGAAGACGAACUGGAAUCAUUGGUUUUGACUGCAAUGUCAAAGAAGGCAAAGUUGUGCGAUCUAGUGAACAAACUUGAUCCAUCAAUGCAUUUGGAAGUUAAAAUGCAUUUGGUGGAUUGUGAUCGUCGAUUGAAGACCAGCGCAAACGGUUCAUAUCAAAAACUCAUUAUGCCACAUUCAAUCACCUUCAUGUCUAGUGCUCUAGGAGUUCUACAUCGCAAAAUUGGUACGUGGCGCUGCUUCGCAAACUGUUACGUAUAGCAGUAUUAAAGCCCCAGAUGGAAAGAUAUCAACAACAGUCACAUGCCAUCCAAAUUUUGUUACUUGCCGCGCAGAAGUUAUCGAAGGUGGAUCCUCAUUGGCAUCACAUGAAGUAAAGCUCAAUUCUGACCAUGAAGCCCAUGUCGUUCUCUCAGAUCCAAUCACCAUCAAUCCAAAUGUCACAUACAGAAUAAAUCUGACAACAAACCAACCCCAUAAUACCCAUUGGCAUAUGACACCUCUUUCAACAUCGUUUUACUUGAAUCAGCACGGCACUGGUGAUGGCAUCCGAAUCCAUUUUCCAGCGGAACGAAUAAGCAUCUAUUCGAACGACAUGAUUACACGCCUCAUUUUCCAAUCAGCUCAAAUGGGAACUCAAAAAAAGCGCUGAUUGUUAAGAACAUAUAACAAAAUUAAAGUUUAUCCAAAGCUUUGUCAAUCUACUGUUUAUUCAAAUAAAUCACAUAAAUUUUUAAUAAAAAUAAAAAUAGAGCAAUAAACAACAGCUCAUAAAGUUUCUCUAUAAAGGAUAAUGUGAAAUAAUAAUUAAUUUCGUUAUUAAUAACAUAUUGUAAUGUAAAAAUAAUGCUACGUGAAUUCAAAUCAUUUAUCGUUUGAAAAUGUGAUUCCUAAGCGAUCUCUUUGUGAAUGUAUUCAUUCGAAGUGCGUUUUGGAGUACGUUCAAUGUAAAUGCUCCUUUAUAAUUGCACGUGUUUCACACCAGAGCACAAGCUAUGUGAAGAAAACACACCACUUGAAAUGUCAAAGUAUUGCGCAACAAAAGUCUAGUUCACAUCAUAAAACUUUAAAAUUAGAUUUUCGUCGAUAGUUUUGAUUCUUAUUCGAGUUUUCAUACUAAAAAUCAACGUAAUUGAUUACACAUUACUUGAAUCAUAUUUAGAGCAACGAAAGUUCUGAAAAGUGCUGAAAACGUUAAGCAACGAUGACCGACAGCGUGUUUGAAGGAAAAAACCAAUUACCUCGCAGCAAUUCCGAAAAGUUCUACCUCGAUUCGAAUUUGGCUGAUGUAAAAUUUGUGUUCAACGCUGGAACUGAUCAUGUUGAAUAUAUCCAAGCACAUAAAAUGAUCCUGUCUAUUGGCAGUUCGGUGUUCGCUAACAUGUUUUAUGGUUCAUCGACCAAACAAGAUGAUGUUCCAAUUGACGACGUGUCUGCUGUGGCAUUCAAGGAAUUUUUGCAAUUUUUCUAUUUAACCACACUUCGACUUACGUCCAAACACAUCGCCGACGUUAUCAAUUUGUGCAAAAAGUAUAAGCUAGUAGGGGUGCUGGCAAUCUGUGAGGCUGCAUUGCGAAAGUCACUCACCAUCGACAACAUGUUCUCUGUCUAUGCUAUAGCCAUUCAUUACGAGCUUACGAACACGAUCUUCUUUUGCGAGAUGCAAAUGGUACAAAAUGCGGAAGCAAUUUUGGAAUCAACGAAUUUUUUAACAUGCAAACGCGAUCUGAUUGAUCAUGUAACUCAGUUGGUGACACCGGAACUGGAAAUGAAACUGAAAGUCGGCAGUGCAUGGGUGAUUGUUAAUGCAUACAUGGCAUGGGCAAAAGCCGAAUGUGGACGAAACAAUCUGGAAAAAACCACAGCAAAUCUCAGGGCACAGCUGGGACAAUCAUUUGCUAAUAUUCCAUUUGUUGAAUUGAGUUCCAUGCGUUUCGAACAGUUUUUGACUAACUACAAUGGUUUUUUAAGCGAAUCAGAUGUGCGACGAUUACGACAACAACGACGACUACGACAACAACGGAAACGAGAACGAUUUUGAAUUGGAUUUUAUGGAUUUUGAUGGUAAAUUUGAUAAGCCGGAUUAUGACAUAAAUUAACCAUUCCAGUAACAAUGAUUGAAAAAAAAAUACUCGCAAGGAAUAGGUUCUACUCAUAAAUGUAAACACACACACUUUUCUACUCAAUUGAAAUAAGUCCAAAGUAUCAUAGAAUUAGUUGAUUACAAUCACUUCAAUUAAAGAUUCAAAAUAUGUCAAAGAAGAUCAUUCAUCAAAU